UCAUAUUCUCAAUGUUAAGUACAACUCCAAUUAUGGCCAUCAAAACCUUUAAUGAGAGAAUACUUUACAGUUGUGAAAAUUCCUCCUUGAUUAAUUUUAUAAUAAAAAGACAUGGUAUCUUACUUGUGUUUUGGAAAGGAAAGGUCUUUUGUAGAGGAAAAGCUUUUUUAAUGUGUAAUCGUCACAGGUUUUUAUUUUUUGCUUUUUGCAAACAUGUAUUACAUUAAAAAUGCGUGAUUUUUAGAAUGGAUAUGAGUAAUGUUUAGAAUAAUAUCUCGCACAUUUCUCACAUCUAAAAAUAUUAACUGUUCCACACUUUCUUUUUAACUUUUAAAAUGUAGGUAUAAUUUCAUAUAAUAAAAUUCUAAAAUCUUAAAUAUUUAGUUUCAUCAGUUUGACAGUUUUAAAAGUAUAAUCUGCUUUAAAUUCUUUUUGGAAGCAAGAGCGUAUAAAUAAAUACUUAGUUGAUCAUUUGUGACUUGAUUUGUGACUGUCUGGCAGGGGAAAUUGAAAGAGGGUAGGACCAGAAAUAAGACAAGAUACUAUAACCACCACAUAGAUAAAAGUGACAGGGUUAGUAAAAAGACAGCAGAGAGAAUAAAGAAGGGACAAAAUAAAACUGAUACUAUCAUCAAGGCUAGAAAUAACCAAUUCGAAAAAAAAAAACAGAGGAGUUCCUGUCAUGGCUUAGCAGAAAACAAUCUGACUAGUAUCCAUGAGGAUGCAGUUGGAUCUCUGGCCUUGCUCAGUAGGUUAAGGAUCUGGCAUUGCCAUGAGCUGUGGUAUAGGUCACAGAUGAGGCCAGGGACCAAACUUGCAACCUCAUGGUUCCUAGUCAGAUUCGUUUCCACUGCACCAUGAUGGGAACUCCUAAAAUAUCAGUUUUAAAUUAGUUAAGUAACUGAGAAAGAAAAAUAAAGUGCUCUUAAAUUCACCAAAUUUCCUUAAUUGAUACCUGCAAGGAAUAGUUUCAGCUCAAAUGGAACCAAGCUAGAAAAUAGUAACAUUAAACCAAACUAUAGUCUUUUCUGAAAAAAAUGGUAAUUUAGAAUAAGAAAAAACAUAAUCCUUGAGGAAAUACUAUCUACAUUCAACUACCCCUUUCUCACACAUACUUCCUUCUAAUUUCUUUGGGCUUUAAAAAAUGAGUCUACUUUAAACACAGAGAAACCACUCACAUGAGCUUUUAAAUGAAAACAAAAUCUGACCUACAUUCCAAUAUAUAAUUAAUGUCAAAUUAUUAGGAGGAGUAGGUGAGGGCGGGGGGAAUUAAAAUCAGGAACCUAAAAUUUAGCCAAGUAGUGUAACUUUUAUUUUACAAAAUUUAUUUCAAUCAAUUUAGGGGAAAAUAUUUUGUUUAAAAAGAUACAAUUUCAUUCUGUAAAAUUAAAACUAUGCCAAACAUAAACAUUUUCAAAUUUAUUCUUUGGUAAAAGUGGUAAUUAAAAAAUUAAAAGUGCUAUAAAAUUUUAAUUUAAUUUUAUGAGAACGAGGAAAGGAUGUUAGAAAAUUGUUAAUCGAAAAGUGAAGAGAUCCAGGAUUGGAGCCACACACAAUCAUGGCAAUUAAAACAAAUUAAAUCUUGAGGAGCAACUGUGGAAAACAGAAGCCAAGAGUGCAAAAUUUGGUCUCUCAACUCAAAUCCUUUUUAUAACUAAAUUUCUCUCUUUUACAGUCAUUAAACAGUUUCUUUUUAAUGCUAUAUUAAGAUAUCACCAACAAUUUCAAUUUAGAAGUACACCUACAAAUUUCAGUUUUAAAAAAGUCCUAUCCUAAACACAUACUGAUUUUUUUCCUCUCUCAACUACUACCAAAAAGAGAGAAAGAAUAAAAAAGAAAGGAAAGAAAAGCAAACUCCCUGAGAAAUGGUCAACAUUCCAGAAUGCGUUUCUGCAAAAAAAGAGUUAAUGGGCAGACGGCUCAGCUAAACAGUCAGUGGCCUUUGCAAGCCUCCUAGGUAUAUUCCCAGCAGACACAUUAUCAGAUUAAAGGAACUGCAAACAAACUGGGCUGAAACCUUUCUUUGUCCAAGCCCAGCCUCUUCUUCCUGUGAUGUCAUACUACAAAUCCAGCAAGCCUUUCUUUUUCUCCUCAGAGAAAGUCCGUCUCACAAUACAGCUGGUUACAGAGGAAAAGGCCUCGAUUCAGCAAGAGCUAACACGCUGAGGAAUCUAUUUGGAACCUUUCAAAGACUCCUCUGCCUACCGCCAUCUGGCAUCCAAUGUAGGAAUACGGAAAACUUCAUUUAAAAGGAGCAAGAAGUAAAUGAGACCGAACUGGGAAUGUUUACGUCUCUGAAACUCUGCACUGGAAAGCAAAACAAAAUUGCUAACUUUAGCUUAAACAUUCUGGAGUAUAAAGAAACUUUCAUUUCAGAAUACUCAUCUUGACUUCUGAAACAGAAGUUUACCAGACCAAUCGUUUUAUUCUGUCUCUGAACUCAGCUUUUACUUCAAAUGUAUAAUCCAAUGGGUUGGCUUCACUGACUGCGUUUUUUAAACUGAGCCUUGGAAUCACGGAUUUUUCUGAAGACUAGAAAACGAAAAUACCUUCUUGUUGAAGAACCAAGUGGAAACGUUACAGCAACAAAUUCCAUGUGUCUUUGGAAGAAAAAGGAAAUACUUAUAAAACCACGCAAAGAUCCAAAGAUUUGCAAAUACGGUGGAGGUUAUAAAGUGGUCACAAUCUGAAUACCAAAGGAGACGGCAGCUGACCAAAGGACUUCGACCCGAAAACUGGACGUGCUUUAUAAUGGUAAGCAGUAACAGCUCCCACUGCGACUACGAUGACUCCUUUAAGUACACUUUGUAUGGGUGCAUGUUUAGCAUGGUGUUUGUGCUUGGGCUAAUAUCCAACUGCGUGGCCAUCUACAUUUUCAUCUGCACUCUAAAAGUGCGAAAUGAAACCACAACGUACAUGAUUAACUUGGCCAUGUCCGACUUGCUUUUCGUUUUUACCUUACCCUUCAGGAUUUUUUACUUUGCCACACGGAAUUGGCCAUUUGGAGAUUUACUCUGUAAAAUUUCAGUGAUGCUGUUUUAUACGAACAUGUAUGGAAGCAUUCUGUUCUUAACCUGUAUUAGUGCUGACAGAUUUCUGGCAAUUGUCUACCCGUUUAAGUCAAAGACCUUAAGAACUAAACGAAACGCAAAAAUUGUUUGCAUUGCUGUAUGGUUAACUGUGAUGGGAGGAAGUGCACCAGCAGUUUUUUUUCAGUCUACCCACUCUAAGGGUAACAAUACCUUAGAAGCCUGCUUUGAAAAUUUUCCAGAAGCCACAUGGAAAACCUAUCUCUCAAGGAUUGUAAUUUUCAUUGAAAUAGUGGGAUUUUUUAUUCCUCUAAUUUUAAAUGUAACUUGUUCUAGUAUGGUGCUAAGAACUUUAAAUAAACCUGUUACAUUAAGUAGAAGCAAAAUAAACAAAACGAAGAUUUUAAAAAUGAUUUUUGUACAUUUGGUCAUCUUCUGCUUCUGUUUUGUGCCUUACAAUGUCAACCUUAUCUUGUAUUCUCUUAUGAGAACACAGACAUUUGUGAACUGCUCAGCAGCCAGAGCAGUGAGGACCAUGUAUCCGAUCACUCUCUGCAUUGCUGUUUUAAACUGCUGCUUUGACCCGAUCGUUUACUACUUCACGUCGGACACGAUUCAGAACUCGAUAAAAAUGAAAAGCUGGUCUACCAGGAGAAGUGACUCUAGAUUCUCUGAAGUUCAAAGCACAGAAAACUUUAUUCAACAUAACCUACAGAUCUUAAAAAGUAAGAUAUUUGACGCUGAAUCUACUACAGUAUAAGCUGCCUGAAAUAAAAACACCGGGACUAAACUGGGACAGAACUUCCAAGUUCCUUCAACUGUGAAAGUGUUUCCUUGGACGACUAUUUCCCGACCUCUGCAAGAAAAUGAACACAUGGACAUUUUAAAGCUUUUAGUGUUACAAAAAACGUAUUCAAUGUGUAAAGCAUUAAAAUGUAUUCUAUUCUUGUACACACUCCAUUUUAUUUUUCUAAGCCAUUUUGUUUUAUAUCUUUCUCCUCAUUAAAAAAAAAAAUCCCUAAUGGAGUUGUUUAAAGUCUAAAAGUAACUAUGAUUUAAGUCAUGUGGUGACCAUCUAUCUAUGUGGUCUUUGAAUUUCUUAGUAAUUUUAUAUAAGAUAAUUAACAAAUAUUAAGAGUUUCACUUAAAUGUUUAAUGCUUUUAUUCAACAUAUAUCUAAUUUUGAUUUCCAUCUGAAUUGAAACUAUUAAUCAUGUUUCUCAAACUAUAAUAACAUAAAUGAGAAAGAGUAAUUUGGAAUAAUCAGUAAGUAUUUUUAGAGCACUUUCCAAAAACAGUAAAAAAAAAAAAAAAAAAAGUGGUCUUCAGUAGAAUGACACACUGACACUAUUUGAGGACCUGGAGCAGAUUCACUCACAGAUAAUAUUUAGGAUAUUUUGUCUUUGCAUGCAAUUCAUAAAAACAAGAUGCUAUCUACAUAGUACAUGAUCCAUUUUCUGGAAGUAAAAGCACCCCAUUUCAAAAUGAUAUAUACUACAAAAAUUGAGAAGGAGGAAACUAACAAAACGUUAUUUUGCUAAGUAAAAUUUUUAAAAAUAAAAAUGCUACUUCAGCUAUAA